AUGGGGCUGCCCUCAACAUUCCGCCAAGAAGCCGAAGGACGACCCUUUUCCCAGUCCCCGACCCGCCGAGGCGGCCCGAGGAGUACAAUGAACUCGGUGCCGUUUAUUUCGUGGAACGGCUGCCGGAUCAAAUGGAGGGUUUGGCCCCGCGGCGCUCGCCCCCAGAAAGCGCUGCGAGCCGCGGCUGGCGCCUGUGUGACGCCAUCAUCCCGCGCGCGCCGCCACAGCGCCGCGCACCGCCCCCGCCGCCUUCUGCGCAGUCGCCCCCAGGGCAGCACACGGCAGCGGCGCGAGGCUGAGGUCCUGUGGGCUGCGGCCGGGGAUGCUGCAUUGGGCGCGAGGGCCCCAGCCAUGCAGCCCGCCGAGAUCCAGUUUGCUCAGCGGCUGGCAUCCCACGAAAAGGGCAUCCGGGACCGGGCUGUGAAGAAGCUGCGCCAGUACAUCAGCGUGAAGACGCAGAGGGAGACAGGUGGUUUCAGUCAAGAAGAACUUCUGAAAAUAUGGAAAGGGCUCUUCUACUGCAUGUGGGUGCAGGAUAACCCUCCUCUACAGGAGGAACUAGCGAACACUAUUUCCCAACUCAUCCAUGUUGUUAACAACUCAGAGGCUCAGCACCUGUUCAUUCAGACCUUUUGGCAGACGAUGAAUCGGGAGUGGACGGGGAUGGACAGGCCGCGCCUGGACAGAUACCAGAUGCUGACCCGCCUGGUCCUGAGGCAGUCCUUCGAGGUUCUGAAGCGGAAUGGCUGGGAAGAAAGCCGAGUCCAGCUCCUUCUCGAUGUCUUGAUGAAGGAAGUCCUGCAUCCCGAGAGUCAGUCUCCUAACGGAGUGAAAUUUCACUUCAUUGACAUUUACCUGGAUGAACUGUCCAAAGUGGGAGGGAAAGAGCUUUUGGCAGAUCAGAAUCUCAAGUUUAUUGAUCCAUUCUGCAAAAUUGUUGCCAAGACUAAAGACCAUACAUUGGUGCAGACUAUAGCUAGGGGUGUUUUUGAAGUCAUUGUAGAUCAGUCUCCACUUGAACCUGAAGACACAGUAGAGGAGCAGAAAACUAAAGUGGGUGACAGCAACCUCUCUGAAGAAGAGACAUCUGAAAAUGAGGUGAUGUGGACGCAGACGCUCAGUAAAAAGAGGACAGCACUGGGCAAAUACCACUCCAGGAAGGACGGACUCUGUGAUGGAGACGCGAGGGAUGACGGUGGGAACCUAGAGGACACUGGGCCACUUCUCCAGUUUGACUACGAGGCCAUUGCUAACCAACUCCUGGAAAUAGCCAGCCGGAGAAGCAUCCCAUCCUUCAACAGGAGACGUCUCUCCAAGCUCGUCAGAAAAUUCCAAAGUAUCUCUGAAGCAGGCACUGUACCUCAGGUCCGUUUUGCUGAAGACAUUUCUGCUGAUGAAGAUGACCAAACUGUCAGUCAAGGAAGGCCGAAGAAGAAAGGAAACAAACUUCUAGAGAAAACCAGUGCAGAAAAAGAGAAAGGAAACAAGUUCUUCCUUGCUGAGGAAGAGGAGCGUGAAGGUGGUGGUCAGAAGAGGAAGAGGAAAAAGAAGAACCACGUCCAGCCUGAACACUUAGGGUUCAAGGUCAAAGCCAUGGCCCCAGAGCAGAAUGGGGACGGGGAGCCAGAAGCGGGUGCGGUGGUGCUGGGGACAGCAGGCACUCCCAGCUCCCGGGAGCCGAGCUGCUGGGAGCACCGCCCCUCAAACCCACCCACGCAGAACAGGAGGAGGCGACACCGGAAGAGGGGCCCGAGGGUGCAGGGACAGAGCGCGGAGUCAGCAGUGUCGCCUCUGGAGGGCUUGUUUCAAGGUGGCCCCAGCAGUGGGCGUGCUCAGGUGCCCGCCCACGCUUCCCCAGAUGAUGGAGCCCCAGCCCUGAAGCGGAAGCGGAAACUCGGGCCUCCCCUGGUCAAUGGCAGCGGCCCACCCACUCUGGCUUGGCCCCCGCCCGGGCAGGAGAACCCUCCAGUGAGCCCAGCAGACAGAGGGGAUUGCCCAGCCACCCCGCCCCUGGGUGGGAGACUGAAGAAAAAGAAGGGGGAUUCCAGCAGUCUUGACCUCUACAACCUGUCCACUCAGAAAACUGCCAUUUUCAAAAAGAGGAAGAAAAUGAAAGACAUGUUGAACUUGAACUUGGUAGAACACAGCCAAGUGUUAGAAUCCGAACUCAAGCUCGUCCAGGCUCUGGGGAGCAGUGGGCCCUUCAGCCCCCUGAAGAGGAAGAAGCUGAGGACGGAGAAUGACUUUGUGAAGUUUGACACUCCUUUCUUACCAAAGCCCGUGUUCUUCAGAAAAGCUAAGAGCAGCACGGCCCCAGCCUCCGGAAGCCCUGCCACGCAGCUCAACAAGACACCAUCCAGCUCCAAGAAGGUCACCUUCGGGUUGAAUAGAAACAUGACUGCGGAAUUCAAGAAGACAGACAAGAGCAUCCUGGUCAGUCCCACGGGCCCCUCCCGAGUGGCCUUCAACCCUGAGCAGAGGCCGCUGCACGGAGUGCUGAAGACCCCCACCUGCUCCCCCGCCUGCACCCUCCUGGGGACCAAGAAGCCACUGACCGCCACGCCAAAGAGAAGGCCGACAGCCAUGGACUUCUUCUAGGGUAGUCUGAGUCCCUUUUUAAAGUCUGCUUUUGUACAGAAUACUCUAUAAAUUAUAACUUUGCAAAGGUGGGGCCUUUUUUAUUAUUUCCUAAACCCCCGUGGAUUGUAUAUCCGCGGGUCUGGAUGUGAGCUGCCACGCUGCUGCGUGGCUAUCCCUUCCGGCGGGGGCUGUGGGCGGGGGCUGAUUGAAGCCUUUCCUGUAAACGUCAUUUGUGCUAGAGCCCUCCAGGGUUCCACAUUCUGGGGAACCUCGGUGACGCCCCGAGUGUGGCGGGGCGAGAGCCUGGAGCUAGCCUUGUCAGCCGUGCGUGUGCACACACCUGCAUCCUCAGCAUUGUGUCUGCCUGCCAGGCUGCUUUGCUGGGUGUCUGUCAUCUAACAGCCUGUCCUGAAAAGCAUGGAGGGCCGUUCCCGCGCUCUGCGGGCACCUGGCAGUGUAUGACCGGGGACUUGUCCGUGAAUCCGCAGUGCCGGUCUGUGCCUCCAUGUGCUCCGCUGGGGUGGAUGUGCAUGUGGGGCGGGAGAGCAGAGCCCCGGGCUCGGGUCCUGCCCCAUGUUCUACCUCUCUGCCAGCUCCAAGUGUCCUCACGAGGAGAGCAGCGUCCCCUGGCUGUCCCCGGACUCCAGUCGGGCGGCCGACUCCUUUUCCCAGGUCCUUGUGUUCUGGUUGCUCUUUACCCAUAAACCCUUGAGCCAGAGACCUAAGUAAAUAACGGGCGUCCACAGAAGCAGCUCUCCCACCUUAGAUCACGACUCAUUUCUCCACAGGCGUGGCAGCAGCGUCUGCAGACCCGAGCUGCCACUAGGAGGCAGAAACAAGCAACCUUUAAGAAUUGUUUGUGCAUAUUGAUUUGCUCGUAGCUACCUUAUGUCUGAAGUACUGAAGCUUGCACUCACAGAUUUUUAUAAAGUUCUCAUUUUAAUUCAUUACAAAAGAUCAGGUGUGGAAGGCACACAGACUUCAGUUGGGGGAACGUAGUGUUGUCUGUGCACCCACCUGGUUUGGGGGCCCACAUCUGCCGCGAGCCUCAGUGAGGGACAAGCCACAGGCUCGUGGCGGCCACUGGGACCCCUAUUCCUUCUUGAGUUUACGAUAACAAACUGCAGACCUAAAGGAGGAGGCGUGACUUGGGGGCAUGUAGUCCCUUCCCCCAGGUGGCCGUGCUCCCGCAGCCCCCUCUCCGCUCAGGGAUCUUGGGCCUCCUGAGAGUGGAAGCCCCCCCACACAGGAGUCCCAGUUUCUCACCAAAACCCAGGCCAGUCCCCUUUGCUGCUCCCAGCUGAGGGCCCUGGCAGUGCCUCGGUGUCCAGGCAUGGCUUCGGGUGAGGGAGGCCUCGGACUGGCAGGCUGCGAGGAGCUGUUUGGUUUCUGUAGUCACAUAACGGAGGGCUGCUUCUGCGAGCCCUAACUGAACAGCUUGGGGCCCAUCGGGCUGAGUCACCAUGAAGGCCCUGGGGACAAGGAAGGGAAACUGUUCUUCUCUGCCCUAUAACUAUGUUUUGUCAGAUUAAGCCAUGAAAAAAAACGAACCUGUGCUGUUAUGUUAGCCAGUCCUCGUAAUGAGACAGCUGUGUUGUGGUUGCAUGGCUUUCGGGCCCUGCAUUUGAUAUCACACUUCAAACCACAUCCAAAAUCAAACCUGACAGCGUGGAGAGAGUUGAGUAGUCAAACAUGCUUAACUUCACUUAAAAAGAAGCUUCGUUAUCCUUCGUCAAAUUAUUUUUCUAACAACUUCUAUUUCAGCUUUAAAGGUGGAUCUUUAUGCCAAAUGGGCCACAUAAGCCAACGAUGUUAAGAUGUCUUAGCAGGACGUUCUAGGGCAAAAAUGGCCCAUUUGUUCUCCAGAUGAGCGCAGUGACCUUUCUCUGUCGCAUCACUGUCCUCUGUCUCUCCUGAGGCACCAACGUAAUGUCCUGUGAACGCAGGUCCUGCUGACGCCUCCCUGGGUACUCGGGUCCCAGAGUGACAGUGUGACUUGGGUUCCAUCUGUCCUUCCCUAAAUCUGUCCUCACUCACUCCAUUUUGUGGGUGAGUUCAGUAGGUUUACUGUGGCUUAUUUUUAAUACCUAAAUUUUGGCUACAAAGAAAGAAAACAAUUUUUUAAAGUUCUCAUUAUGUAUGCACACAAGAUGUGUCACAUAAAGAAAAUGUAUUUAGAAUACCAGUUUUCUACCUGAUGCAUGUUAUUUUCCUAGGUACAACUGCCAACGGGGCUUGGCAGUCCAAAAAAGAAAAUAAUUUGAUGGUGAUCUUAGAGGGUUUUGUAAAGCCGUUGUCUGUACAGCCUGGCACCACACUUUACAAUGUGCUAUCCUUUCUAACUUUUACUGAGCCGAAAGCACAAAGAAGAGUAUAAAGCAGUUGCCAUUGCUGAAAAGAA